ACUUUUGGCAGCAUCAGGUGGUUCACGAUGUAAUUUUAACUUUCGCUUUAAAUAUUUUAAUCCGUUGCUCUUUUUACUAAGAAGUUUGGAAUUUCAUCCGGUCCAGAUGACAUUUUGUUUUUUUAAUUUUGUAUGAAUCAACUCAAACAACUCCUCAUCGGUGAAAGGAUCCAAAAGUAAAUCAAGAUAAUAAUCCUGACCUAGGAAAUUCACAACGGGGGUGCGACCUUUACGUUGGGCCAUACCAGAUGAAUAAGAUUUUUUUUAUCACCAAAGGUAAGUACUUUUCGAGCAUAAUAUCCUAUAGACAAUCUAAGCAACAAUGGUUUUGUAGGAAAAGGAAACCUAGAUUACCUAGGAAAAACCAUAGUACUAAGAGAAGACUAACUCAAGAAAAAAAUCAUAAAUUAAGCAAAGCCUCAAAUAAAAAUUCGACUGAAGAGAUGGAUCUUCUGGAAAAUUUUACAAGACUCACCGCAUUGGAUGUCCCCUUAGAAUGUCAAUCUUGCUCAAAAAUAUUCAACUCUCACCUGGAUCUGGGCUUGCAUUCGAGAGAACACAGUAUCGACGAGACCUAUUCCUGUCAAUUAUGCAAAUAUAAGAAUAAAUCACUGAAACUCUUCCGGAAUCAUAUCAACAAUCACGACCAAUACAAAUGUCAGAAAUGCAAAAGAACUUUUAAAUUCAAAAUGUCUGCUCUAAAACACUCAAAGUCACACCCUCCUGAGUUCAUAGAAUGCCAGAUCUGCGGGAAGAAACUUAAACGAGAUAGUUUCAAAAACCACCAAAAGAAAAUGCACUCGGAAAAGUCGCAAGAAGAUACAUUCAAGUGCACCUUAUGUGAUAAGACAUAUCUUUGCAAAACAAGCCUUAGGAGCCACUAUUCACACAAUCACAGAGAACUAGGGAUCGACGUGUCUGUGGUUUGCGAUGUGUGCGGCAAAAGGUUGUCCUGUAAGAACAAAUUCCUUCAGCAUCAACGGACGCAUACUGGAGAAAGACCUUUUUCCUGCACAGUCUGCUCUAGGAGAUUCACCACCAAAGAGAUUCUCUUAUCGCAUACUAGAGUUCAUACGGGUGAAAAGCCUUUUGAGUGCAAGUAUUGUGGCAAGAAGUUUGCACAUGACGGACCUUUUAGGUACCACAUAAGGACACAUACUGGUGAAAAGUUACAUAAUUGCCCUCUUUGUAAAAAAGGAUUCAUUUCUAAAGCGAAUAUGAGGAUCCACGUUAAAAGUUGUGAUGGUUCACUCAAUAAAAAUUAA